AUGGGCGACGACGCUCAGGUGCACAAGCCCGGCGUCGGCGCGGCGUUAGGUAAACUCGCCGCCGCGAACGUCGACCCGAGACGCGUCAAGGUGGUUCGAAUGGACGCGCUGUGGCUGCUGCGCGACUUCAUCCCGCGCGCGUCGCUGACGGACGUGUGCGUGUACUUUCCCGAGCCGUGGAGCGACGCGCAGGCGCGUUCUACGCACUGGUCCCCAUGCGACCGCGUCGGCGUGGUGCACCGGAGGAUCGUGAAUCCGUUUCUCGUUUCCCUCGUCGAGCGCGCGAUGAAAGUCUCCGAGGGAGGGCCCGCGUCGCCGUCGCCGCCGGCGCGGUUGCACCUGAGGACGGACGACCGCGACUACGGCGCGCACAUGCGCGCGGUGAUGAAAGACGCGUGCGCGACGGGGAGGUGGACGGAAGAGGUUGUGGACGAGAACGAUGAGGACGCGGCGAAGACGAACGGUAUCGGCGGCGACGAGGGUAGAUGCUCACACGACGGCGGGGUGAUUCUCCCCGGGAGAGAGGUCGAGACCAAGUACGAGCGCCGCGGGAUCGCGUCGGGGUGCGAGCGAAUCACGAACUUGUGCUACCGAUACGUCGGGGACGGCGCGCCGCGCGCCGCGGUCGCGGAGACGUGA